CAGAACCGGCCCAAUCCACAGGACCGUGUGGUGACUCUGUAAAAGACUGGAACUGGCUAGGGUUUUCUUUAGUUUUCAUAGAAGUGCAGCGGCUUGUUCUUGCGUUGGAUCGUCCACAGCGAAAAUGCCUUCCCACAAGACGUUCAGGAUCAAGAAGAAGCUUGCCAAGAAGAUGAGGCAGAACAGGCCCAUCCCUUACUGGAUCCGAAUGAGGACCGACAACACUAUCAGGUAUAAUGCUAAGCGCAGGCACUGGCGCCGGACCAAGCUCGGAUUUUAAGGUGGAUGGAUGAACCUUGCGUUCUAGGUUUUUUAGUGCAAUCCUUUAUAUCGAAACAUUGUAGCUUUUGAGUGUUUUGUCCUCGGUUAUUUCUCAUCUUACAAUUACUUAUGAUUUUUGCUAUUAAUGUGAAACUAUGAUGGAUAUUUUAGAUUUUAAUGUGUUGCCGUCUUUUCUCUUCA